CGUCAUUUCCGGUGGGGAAGGCCCGCGGCCGCCGCCGCCAUUUCGGGCGCUGCUGUGAAGCUGAGACCUGAGCCGGUCCGCUGGGCGGCGGGCGCCGGGGCUGGAGGGGCGCGCGCGGCGGCGGCCCAGCGUGUAGGCACGGAGGCAGCCAUGGCGGGCAACUUCGACUCGGAGGAGCGGAGUAGCUGGUACUGGGGGCGGUUGAGCCGGCAGGAGGCAGUGGCGCUGUUGCAGGGCCAACGGCACGGGGUGUUCCUGGUGCGGGACUCGAGCACCAGCCCCGGGGACUAUGUGCUCAGCGUCUCCGAGAACUCGCGCGUCUCCCACUACAUCAUCAACAGCAGCGGCCCGCGCCCACCGUUGCCACCGUCGCCCGCCCAGCCUCCGCCCGGGGUGAGCUCCUCCAGACUCCGAAUAGGAGAUCAAGAGUUUGAUUCAUUGCCUGCUUUACUGGAAUUCUACAAAAUACACUACUUGGACACUACAACGUUGAUAGAACCAGUUUCCCGAUCCAGGCAGGGUAGUGGAGUGAUUCUCAGGCAGGAGGAGACAGAAUAUGUGCGAGCCCUCUUUGACUUUAAUGGGAAUGAUGAAGAAGAUCUUCCCUUUAAGAAAGGAGACAUCCUGAAAAUCCGGGAUAAGCCUGAAGAGCAGUGGUGGAAUGCAGAGGACAGCGAAGGCAAGAGGGGGAUGAUUCCAGUCCCUUACGUGGAGAAGUAUAGACCUGCCUCCGCCUCAGUAUCGGCUGUGAUUGGAGGUAACCAGGAGGGUUCCCACCCACAGCCACUGGGUGGGCCGGAGCCUGGGCCCUAUGCCCAACCCAGCGUCAACACUCCGCUCCCUAACCUCCAGAAUGGGCCCAUUUAUGCCAGGGUAAUCCAGAAGCGAGUCCCUAAUGCCUACGACAAGACAGCCUUGGCUUUGGAGGUCGGUGAGCUGGUAAAGGUUACGAAGAUUAAUAUCAGUGGUCAGUGGGAAGGGGAGUGUAAUGGCAAACGAGGUCACUUCCCAUUCACACAUAUCCGUCUGCUGGAUCAACAGAAUCCCGAUGAGGACUUCAGCUGAGUAUAGCUCAACAAACAGUAUUGCUGACAGAUGGGAACAAUCUUUUUUUUUUUUCCAAUUGCCAUCUAUACAGUUUUCUUACAGAUGUCGAAACAGUCUAGUUGAAGCGUUCUGUUACCUGUGAUCUUUUUUAGACUGAACUACUGCAUCCCUAGUCUCAUUCAUCACGUUCAGGGUACGAAACUGGAGGGCUUGUGUGUUAACUUCUGAAUUGGCAAUUUUAGGUGGUAACCACCAUGCCUGGGUGUCCCAGAAGGGACAGUUACGCCUUCUUCCUCUCAGGCAGUGCUCGUCAACCUGUGGAAUGCUGACGGACAGGAGAGGAGUGCUGAACGCUGCUUACCCUGAUUUAGUCGAUGGUUUUGUUUUCACUCUGAAACCAUCCUAUCGAAUGGCAAUAGACUGUUCCCUUCCACCCCCAUGAAGUAAUCAUGUGCCGUGUGAAUAGUACCCAGUGGGAUUGCUUUUUCAUUUAUAGAACACGACCACUGUAUGACUCAUUCUGACAGUUCAAAUCCUGAGAUUUCUGAGGACACUACUAGAAGCAUUUGUCUUCCUUCCUAGUCGAUGCUUCAUACUUUUUCUUAGGAUUCUUUGAACCCUUGUCAUUCUUUUCCCCCAAACCUAUAAAUAGGUUAAUUCUCCAGAAAAGUGUUUAUUUUCAUUCCAGAUGACAAGCAGGAUAUGCAGAGCACUUUAUUCAGUGCAUAGCUUUAAGCCAGUAUUGGUUUCACUGAGUGUACAGCCAAACUCCCAGCUCUCUGCCUUCCCUCAAGGGGUCAUGGUAGGCUGACGCUGCUCUAGACUCCUGACUAACGGGAUUUAGCAGGGCCAUUUCUCCUGAGUGCCAGUAUCCUAUUUGGGGACUCUUUGGAAUUCUUAGCUUCUACUUAGAGUGGAAGGACCAAUCACUUAGAAUAUUCCAUAGAAGGUUGUGGGGCCAAAUUCUGCCCUUUGCUUUAUGUGCAACUUGUAUAAUAAUAGUCAAGUUAAAAUUACGUGAGUUUGGGGGCAGGGUUCGCGCUUUGAAAAAUGUUUGAACCAAUCAUGAAUUACUUGCGUAUUAUUCAUUUCACAUGGCCAUCAUAGUGCUUGAAGUACAUUACAUUAUAAAUCACCUUCGUUUUUGGCUCUUUCUAUGUUCAAGUUUAGUUUGCAAAUCCUGUUAAGUAUGGAAUGGUGUAUAUGGGGUCAGGUGCUCCAAAGAAUAGACUUCUGAGACCAAAAAUGAUCUAGGCUAUUUAGACUACAACAUGCAACUUUCAAAGUUAGUUCCCAAUCUAGGAAGGCGCUAAUUGGUUAUGGUGUGGUAUGACCCAUAGAAACACCUUGUAUUUUUCUUUGGGCCUCAUUUUAGAAAAGUAACGGAUCUUUCUAAUUGUUCUGCAUAAGUAAUGAUUAAUUUGUAUUAUUUGACAUACACCAAAAUCAUGGUAUCCCAGUGAGUAGCGCAAAGUCUGGCACAGUCGGUGUGCAGACGUUCGUGUGAGUGCACGAGAGGCAUGCAGAAGCUCAUGGCACGGGGAAGCCAGCUGGCACAGAAUCACAUACGUUACCACAAGCAAACUAAUAAGUUGACGCUAAUUUAAUAUAUUUUUACCUCACACUAAGGUAUGCUUGAUAAAGACUUUAAUACUCGACUUUUUCAAUGUUAGCACAGUGCUGUGCACAUAAUGGGUGCUCAGUAAUGUUGAACAAACAAAUCUCAACUCUAGACUUACUUCCAUCUGACUACUCUGCUAAAUUUUCAGUUAGCGCAUAGAUACUGUAAAACCUGAAUACACGUUAAAUCUUGUUUUCCUGAAAGUAUGACAUCUAAAGUAUUUGUAGAAAAACCUUGUCACAACUGAUUUGAAAGUUUGUAUUUUCUUUUGCCUUUGACUUUGAUAAUGGCUUGUAAUGCCUCUUUUCAUCAUGUGUAAUAUUAGUGGAACAUGCAACUCGACCCGAAUCAUAAGAACCUAUGAUGGGUUGUCUGAAGCCAUUAUAUGAACUGUUGGGUUGGGUUUGGCAGGGUGUGGCCGUUGUUGAACCUUAAGAAAUCAAAGGACUUUUUCAAAGUAUCUUCCAAAAGCAAAUGCUAGAAUUCUAUUCAACUGCAUAUGUACAUUGUCACAGAGCAGAUUGGCUGCUAUAUUUUCUAUAAUCACUUCUGCAAAAGCCCAUUUUUUGGAUACUAAUAUUUGACAUGGUUAAUUCUUAUUAAUUUGUUGGAAUUGUUUAUUGUUAAUAAUGCAAAUAGAUAAUUUUUAAUUAUCCUUAAGUAACAUUUCACUAUUAAUGGUUUGAAAUGAGUGAUAAGCAAACCAAUUUGAAAUAAAAUAUGAACAUGUUCCAUUGUAUUAUAACACUAUACACUUUCUUGACAGUUAAAUUUUUUUAAAAAAUGUUUUUUUGUAGCAUGUAUUGUAUAUGUUUAUAGUAUAUGUAGUAAAUAAAAAUAUGGCCAAAUGUUUGGCUUGGUGAUCUUUUGAAGAAAGUAAUCUUUGAAUAUUUUUCACAAAAGAGUUAAAUCUUUCCUACUUAGGGAAUAAGAGGUGUGUGCAUGAUAAACACUCUGUGGGUACUCGUUAAAGCUGGGAUUGAUCAUUGGUGAUAUUUAAAAGAUCUCCAGAAGUCACACAAUAUUGAUUUGAAGGGAAUAUAAGAAGAAUGAUUAUAGAAUGAUCGGAAAUCUGGAAUGCAGGGACAGAGAACGUCAUACUUGUCCAGAAAUGGUUCUUUGUGGGUGUAAAGUAAACAAGGAUGUGGCAGAGGACUUUGUCGGGCAAAUGAGAAGUUUGCGUGUUCCACAGUAGAUUUCCAGAAUGUUCGUGGAGAUAGUCAGAUAGCUCCUGUUUUAUUUAAGUAGCACAUUUUCAGGGUAAAUAAUUAUAGACACGUAACAGUGUGUGAAUACAUAUAUUUAAAAUUGACAUUAUAUGCUAUAGUUGUGUUGUGUGGAUGCUGAAGUUUUAAAAUGUCAAGAAUAGUCUUUGCCAGUUACGUGUACUGUAUUCUGCCUUGGGCCCAAAAUACAUCUAGUUAUUGCUAUAUGGACACAGCAGUAACAACUCAGAGUUAAAUAAAGGAACCUACUCCAAAAGGAGCCAGCUUUGGCAUACACAAGCUUAACCUCAAGGUGAUUUAAAUAUGUUUCAACUUUUUGGUCAAAGAAUAAAGUGCCCAAAUCUUGUUUGAAUAUGAACAUUUUGAGUGGGGGGUUCCUUUACAUAGCCUGGAGUACUCAUCCCAGCUCUUACAUUUUGUGACCCCAAUCUUCAGAUUAAGUUCUAUUCCUCCUACAGAUAAUGAAGAGAGAAGAGGCUCCCUCUGUAGAAGAAAACAUGAAAAUAGUUCUAAAUUUAACAGGAGGGUAAGAAUUUGGAACUCUGCCGCCACACGUAUCCUGCGGAAAAAGAAAUGGGGAGAUAAGGUGGGGAGCAAAAAAGAACUAGCCAUCAAGAAGUGAGGUUCAAAAAGAGCAGUGUUUGAGGAUCCUCUAGGGAUACAGGACGAAAGCCAGCAGAAAUAAAUGAACGGCCAGACUGGCUUUUGUCAAGGGGCUGCUUCCAAUGUUUCUGUGGUUGGCCGGAUUUUCUUAGAUUUUAGACCUGCUUUGAAUCCCAGAAAGGGUGCACUCAAAUAUUGACUAAAAGUUCAAAGGUAAAGUGACGUGGACAGAAUUUUUCUGUCUUUUCACUUCAAAUGGGGUAAAUUUUGGACAUUUUAGCUUUCUGGGAAAGAGUAGUUGUGUAUUAGACGUGGAGGUUGACUUUUUCAAAGCCUCCCUCUAUUCCCUUUGGGAGAAACUUCAUGGAGUUUCUAGCCUAUUUCAAGUUGUUGGGGUACAUGGGCUUCAGGGUUCUGAGUACCAGCAAGGAAACUAGGAAAGUGAAGCCCUGAAGUGAGGAGCCAGCCAGGUUCCUCCUUUCUCCUUGAUGCUGGGAAGGUCUAUUCUGAGAGUGCAAAUGAAUUUGCUACUAUAUGAGGGUAUAAUAACUGCUUGUUAACUACUGGGCUACCCUAGCAUUUUGUGGAGUGCAGGACUGAUCUUCCUAUAGUUGCUCUUGCAUUUGUUUAGUUCCUAUGCUGACUGCUACCUCUCGUAGGCUUCCAGCCUGACUGGGUUCCCCUGAGCCCUUCAUAGCUGGAGACUCUAACACAGUCUUGGCUGCCUUGGCUGGUGUUGCCACAGUGUCCAGAAAUACCCACAGUGGGGUGACAGCAACCUUAACCUCACUCAUCGUUUUGUAAUUAUUUAUUUUGAGAGCACCACAUGAACCCAAAGAUAUUUACUACCACAGAAAGGAGCCACUCUUUUCAUCCAUUGUCACCAAAGGAGGGUUUGACUCCAUAUUUUAUUGGCUAUGUGGGUGCUUCAAUGGCUAGAAAUUUCGAUCAGAUUACAGCAGUUCUAAGUGUGGUAACUCCUGUGGAAUAGACUCCGCCAUUGUGAAUCUCACAUUGUAGGAGUAACAGGACAGGAACCGCAUCUGUAACUCCCGCAGGGGCCCCUGGUGACUUUCUAAAAGCAAAUGUUCGCGGCAAAGACACCAGACAAAGAGCUUCGUGAGCAGAUGGCACCUUUUUGUGAGGAACCAGUAGAAAAAGGCACCCUUCCUCUGGACACAGCCUUGUGCCAGGCUCACGGCUUGAAAAGUGCGGGUAAGAGUGUGGUUUGGAUUAUAGCCCCUCUGGCCACCUCAACCGAGUCCCUGUUUGGUGCACAACUACACGUGGCACUCAGGAAACAUUAGCUGUGAUUAUUCCACUUAAUGUUCUGGUUGGCAGCCUGUUUAUAGACGUCCGUCCCCCCCCCACAGCCAAUCAUCACCAAGUCCUGUCAGUUCCACCUCCAAAAUCCUCCCUAGUGCACAUUUGUAGGACUCCGACCCCCAAGCAGCCAU